AUGCACUCAGAGUUGAAAGAAUACUCACGCAGACGGGGAACCGAGUACCCGUAUAACGACGACUUGGACGUCGAUGCCCUAAUUAUCGGGGCCGGCUUUGGCGGGGUCUUCUGCCUGAAAACUCUCCGAGAGAAAGGGUACAAAGCUGUCAUCUACGAAGCUGGUACCAGCUUUGGUGGCACUUGGCGCUGGAACCGCUACCCCGGGGCACGCGUUGAUUCCGAGGUUCCCGAGUACCAGUUUAGCUGGCCGGAGACGUACAAAGAUUGGUGCUGGUCUACCAACUAUCCAGACUAUAAGGAACUUCGAGCUUACUUCGACCAUGUCGACAACGUCCUAAAUCUUAGCAAGGACUGCUCGUUCGAGACUGUUGUUGUUGGCGCACAGUUUCAUACUGAUGAAGGGAAGUGGCAUGUCAAAACACAAGAUGGGAGACUUGCUAAGAGCAAGUUUUUGAUUGUUGCGGCCGGUUUUGCUUCGAAGAGGUAUAUUCCCAACUUCAAGGGUCUGGAUAAAUUCAAGGGGAUUAUUCAUCACUCAUCUUUCUGGCCUGAAGAAGGGGUCGAAACCAAGGGAAAACGCGUCGCCGUCAUCGGGACAGGCGCUUCCGGAGUUCAAAUCGUGCAAGAGCUCGGGCCAGAUGUCGGUGAGAUGAAGGUGUUCCAACGCACACCGAAUCUUGCGGUCCCAAUGGGCAAACGGGAUCUCACACCAGAAGAGCAAAAUAUGGACAAGAAGUGGUAUUAUCGUCUUUACGAGUUACGGGAGAAGUGCUUUGGUGGGUUUUUCUACGGGAUGUAUGAGAAGAAUACCUUCGAUGAUACGCCAGAGGAGCGGGAGGCUUUCUAUAAGAAGCUGUGGAAUCAUGGCGGAUUUAGAUUCUGGUUAGGGAACUAUAAAGAUAUGCUUAUCGACGCAAAAGCCAACCAAGAGGCCUACAACUUCUGGGCCAAAAACGUUCGAAUGCGCAUCGGCGACGCACGCAAGCGCGACAUCCUCGCCCCGCUCAAAAUGCCACAUUACUUUGGCGUCAAACGGCCCUGUCUCGAGCAACACUACUACGAGGAGUUUAAUCGCGCAAACGUGGAUGUUAUCGAUAUCAAGGACAAUCCGAUUGCGGAGUUCACCGAAACCGGAAUCAAGUUGCAGAAUGGAGACCAUUAUGAGUUUGAUGUUAUCGCUGUAGCCACUGGAUUUGACAUCACAACUGGCGGCAUGACGAACAUGGGACUGUCCAGCAUCAACGCCACCUCUAUCAAGGACGAAUGGCGCAAAGCUGCCUACACCUACCUCGGCACUACCGUCUCCGGCUACCCAAAUAUGUUCCACCUCUACGGCCCACACGGGCCAACCCUCCUCUCCAACGGCCCCUCCACUGUCGAAGUCCAAGGGCGUUGGAUCGUAGACUGCAUCAGUAAAGUUACGCGCGAAGGACUAAAAUAUAUUAAUCCUACAGAAGAAGCGAGUAAGGAGUGGAAGAAGAGGAUUAAUGCGCUGAGUGAUGCGACCUUGUUCCCGACAACUAAGAGUACGUACAUGGGAGGGAGUAUGCCGGGGAAGGCUUUUGAGCAGGUUAAUUUUGCUGGUGGAAUCCCCCAGUACGCUAUUGAGAUUCGAGAGGCGUUGGAUGGGUGGAAAGGGUUUCAGACUGUCAAAGCUGCAUAA